UAUCCUUCUCGUCUCCAUUAUUCCCAGACGAAACAAAGCAGCACUUAUCCCUCUUUCUCUCGCUUGAUCAACACCGUCUUUCGUGUUGUGCUUUUGUGAUUGACUGCAAUGGCGAGUUCCGAUGCUGAGCGUAGAGAAGAGGAGGGGAACGUUCCAGGAGAGGACGAAGACACCGGAGCUCAGGUCGCCCCAAUUGUUAGACUCGAAGAGGUCGCCGUCACCACUGGCGAAGAAGAAGAAGAUUCCAUCCUUGAUCUGAAAUCGAAGCUCUACCGAUUUGAUAAGGAAGGGAACCAAUGGAAGGAGAGAGGUGCUGGGACAGUGAAGUUUUUGAAACAUAAGGAAUCGGGGAAGGUUCGGUUGGUUAUGCGACAAUCGAAGACUCUGAAGAUCUGUGCUAAUCAUCUAAUUCUGCCGACUAUGUCAGCUCAGGAACAUGCCGGGAACGAUAAGUCUUGUGUAUGGCAUGCCACUGAUUUUGCUGAUGGGGAAUUGAAGGAUGAACUUUUCUGCAUUCGGUUUCCAUCAGUUGAGA